AUGUCUAAAGAUAACAAACGUUCUACUCAAUCCGGUGCUGCCCGUUUGUUAGGGUCAGCUACCUCUGCCAUUUUCGAAUUAGGCGUUUUCCACCCUGUCGAUACAAUUUCAAAGAGAUUGAUGACUAACCAAACAAGAGUUGCUUCCCUAUCUCAAUUCAAUCAAGUUAUUUUCCGUAAACAUGCUGCAGAGCCAUUUGGAAAGAGAUUUUUUACUUUAUUCCCUGGGUUGAAUUUUGCAUUCAGCUACAAAAUUCUUCAAAGAGUUUUAAAGUUUGGUGGUCAACCAUAUGUUAACGACUUUUUAAAUCAAAACUUUAUGAAGUCUUAUGACAGUUUAUUUGGCUCAAAGACAGGGAAAGCUAUGAGAAGUGCUACUGCUGGUAGUGUGAUGGGUCUAUUUGAAGUUAUUUUGUUGCCCUUGGAUGUCCUAAAAAUUAAAAGUCAAACUAAUCCAGAAGCCUUCAAAGGUAGAGGUGUUUUAAGGAUCUUAAAAGAUGAAGGUAUUACCAGUUUAUACAGAGGUUGGGGUUGGACUAUGGCUAGAAAUGCACCAGGUUCUUUUGCUUUAUUUGGUGGUAACGCUUUUGCUAAAGAAUAUAUUUUGAAAUUGGAAAAUUACGACAAGGCCACUUGGGGUCAAAAUUUUAUCUCUUCCAUCUUUGGUGCUUCUGCAUCUUUGAUUGUUUCUGCUCCAUUGGAUGUUAUUAAAACCAGAAUUCAAAACAGAAGCUUUGAUAAUCCUGAAAGUGGUGUUACAAUUGUUAAGAACACCAUUAAAAAUGAGGGUAUUACCGCUUUUUUUAAAGGUUUAAUUCCAAAGUUGCUUACUACUGGUCCAAAAUUAGUUUUCUCUUUUGCCUUGGCCCAAACUUUUAUUCCAAUGUAUGAUAAUUUGUUUAAAAAAGCUUAA